AUGGCCGAGUCGUCGCCUUUGCUAGCGUCCUUUCAGGAGGAUCACGACCAGUUCCCCAGCAUUCUGCAGGCCAAAAAGGUCCUACUGGCCACCGAAUCCUGGGGUCCUGUCAACGGCGUCAGUCGCACCACUCGCAGUCUGGUUGAGUACCUGCGCAGGCAUGGCGUGGAGCUGAUUCUCGUCGCGCCGCAUUUCAAAGGCGACACCGCGAAACAAAGGUCUAAGACCUUCAAGCCCGAUAUCAUCUACCUAGCGGGAGUCCGGCCUCGCUCGGCUUUCAAAUGCUCCUGCAGAUUCGCCAACUGCGAUCCCCCGCCAGUCUGCUCCUUCCGAACCGAUCUGUCCGCCUACUCGAUCAUGCUUCCGACCCCGCUGGAUCAGUUUGGCGUCUGGCUGUUGGCCACCGUCAGGGAUUCUUGUUUCAGCGCGCCGUCAUGCCGUCUUCUACCCAUGCUCCGCCAUUCGAGGCUACCUGGAACGCGCCGGUACCCCCCGUCGAUGGUCGUCCAGCUGGGUCGCGGCGUCGAUACCGUUUUAUUUACCCCCCGCAUCGGGACGAGGCCCAUCGCCGAGAGAAUCGCCCCGGGUGGAGAAAUCAUUCUCAUCUGCGUCUGUCGCAUUGCCCCGGAGAAAGGAUUCGAGUUUCUCGCCCAGGUCGCGACCCGCUUGGCCGCGGACAAGGUGCCGUUCAAGCUGUUGAUCGUGGGAGGAACCGCAACCCCGCGGUGGAAAACAAGGUCAAACGGUUGUUUGACGCGGUCCGGAAUCAUGUCGUCUUCACCGGGUUCUGACGGGGUAGUAGGCGCUGGCUCGGGCCUACGCCUCGGCCGAUCUGUUCUUGCACUGCUCGAUUACCGAGACCGCUGGGCUGGUCGUCCUGGAAGCCAUGGCGAGUGGACUUCCCGUAUUGAUUGCGCGCGAUCAGGGCAGGCCCCUCCUGACAUUAUCCGUCAUGAUCAGACCGGGUAUCUGGUUGCACCACAUGACCUGGAUCGAUUCACCGAGUUGACGCGGGAAGUCGCACAAGACUCGGCCCGACGGGAAGACUCGCGACGGCUGCCCGAAGUAUGCUGA